GAGAGGAAGAGUAUGGGCGGCUCCUCGGUGUGGAUCUUUCUACUGUCCCUUUCUCUCUCCCCUCAAAGAGUCACAGCACAAACUGAAGCAUGCAGGACGGUGGAACAGGCAGACAUAGUUUUCCUGGUGGAUGAGUCACGGAGCGUGGGUCAGGCCAGCUUCUCCAGUGUUAAAGGCUUCAUUUCAGCCAUCCUCUCCUCCUACCAGGACAGCGCGGUGGGAGCUGAGGGCGUCCGCUUCGGCGUAACUGUCUUUGGGGAUGUCCCGAGGAUGCGGAUUGCUUUGACAGACUAUAGUUCACUGGAGGGGGUGCUCAGAGCCAUCAGAGACCUGCCGUACGAAGGUGGAUCCAGGAGGAUCGGCGAUGCCCUCCAGUUUCUGGUCGACGCCGUUUUCAGCCCUGCCAUCAGUCGCGAUCACGCCCCAAAGAUUGCUGUUUUGAUAACAAAUGGACAUUCAGACGACCAGUUAGAUGCCGCAGCCAGAGCUGUAGCUGACAAUGGGAUUUCUCUCUUUGCAGUAGGUGUUAGGGGAGCUGAUGAAUCCGAGCUGAGGAGGAUUGUGUCAGAGCCACACGAGGAGCACUUGUUGAUGGCCACUGACUACUCUCUUCUGGAAACCGUCCUUCCCAGACUGUCCCGCAGAGUGUGUUUUGCAGCUUCUGAACCCCCACGUCCUGUGAAAACUUCCCAGCCCCUUGAAGAGCGUGUAGUGGGCCCCAGAGACCUGCAGGUCAGUGAGUUGGCCCACAGCUCCCUCAGGCUGACGUGGAGCCAGGCAACAGGUGACGUCACUGGAUAUCGCCUCCUGGUCACCCCUCUGACCUCCAAGGGACAAGUCCUCCCCCCACAGCAGAGACAGAUUGAUCUGAAGGCAGAUGUGAGCACAGCACUGGUGGCAGAGCUGAGUCCUAAAACAGACUAUUCCUUCACUGUCUAUGCCAUCUACCCCAACCUCAUAGGAGACUCUGUGACAGUCACCAUUCAGACAACUCCUUUGCCCCAGGUGUCAAACUUCCGUGUUAUUGAGGAGGGGUUGUUCUCUCUGCGGCUGGGCUGGACGCCUCCUUUAGGGAAGCUCAGUGGAUUCAAGAUCUUCAUCCCAAGAUCCAACCGACCAGGAUUUACUUACGAGCAACUGCUCCCUGCAGACACCUCUUCUCAUGUGAUUGACAGCCUGGAGGAGGAUAACAAGUACACUAUCAGUAUUUAUGCUGUUUACCCCCAGGGACCAAGCAAACCAGUUUCAACAGUGGGCAAGACAUUAAAGCUAGUGCCCGUUCAGCAGUUCCUGGUCCAGAAUGCCACCACAGACACUGUCCAGGCGAGGUGGGCUUCGGUUAAGGGCGCUACAGGUUACCGUCUGACGUGGGCAUCCCCAGAUGGUCACAUAGAGAACAUAAACCUCGGGGACACCUUUAACUUCUACAUGAUCCAGGGCCUCCACCCAGGCUCUGAGUACACCAUUACCAUCAACCCCAUCUUUGGCGAUAUCGAGGGGCCUGUCACCAUCACCAGAGUCCAGACAUUGGAGAGCAGUGCAGUCCAGACUCUGAAGGUGUCUGGAGUGACCACCAGUGCUGCUGUCGUCUCGUGGAACAGUGUCCCAGGAGCCACAGGAUACAGACUGGCCUGGGGACCCACCCCAGAAUUUGUUGGUCGGGACCGUCCCAGGCAGCUGGCUCUGAAUAGCAGCACCACAGAGCACCAGCUGAAGAAUGUGGCCCAUGACACGGAGUAUGUCCUGACUCUCUACGUGCUGUUCGGAUCCAUGGUGGGGCCUGGCAUCACCGCUACCUUCAGAACUUCUCCUUUGGGCUAUGUGUCCAACUUCAAGGUGACAUCCUACACCAGUACCUCCAUAGAUGUGGAGUGGAGUCCCAUUGUAGGAGCCACUGAGUACAAGCUCUCUUGGAACACAGAUGAUAGCAGCCCCCUGUCCCGUUACCUGGACCACAGUGUUCUCUUCCACCGUAUCGAAGACCUCAACCCACAGUCCACCUACACAAUCGCCAUCCGUGCAGUAUACGGCAACUCCGAGGGACCAGAAAUCUCCUUAUCUCAGCUCACAGCUGCUGUCUCAGACCCAGAGCCAAUCCAGGCUGUGAGGGGGGUGAAGGUUGUGGACAUUGGAGUCAACUCCUUCACCCUGUCCUGGAGGAAAACACCAGGGGCGUCUGGGUACAAAAUAUCCUGGAUCCCCUUCCUGGGGGGUGAUGAGAAGUCCCACGUGUUAUCCGCCGCCUCCACCACCUUCACCAUCCACAACCUGCAGGAGAGCUCACCGUAUAAGAUCCAGGUGUCCUCUGUGGUGGCCGAGGAGGGAAGCCCGGUUCUGGUCACUGCGCGCACCUUGGAUCUUCCAAAAGUGAACGGCUUCGCUGCUCUGAACACUACAGGCAGCAGCACUGUUCUAAACUGGACACGAGUGGCAGGCGUCUCUGGCUACCUUCUCUCCUGGAGGCACAUCUCAGUGUUGGAGACCAAAACAGAGACCCUCGGUCCUGGUUUCUCCUCCUAUAAGAUCAGUGAUCUCCUGUAUGGCAGAACGUAUAUUUUCACUAUUAGACCUUUGUAUGGAGAAGUGGAGGGGCCUAUAAGCACUGUGUAUCAAAGAAUAUUGGGACCGGGUCCUCCGGUGGUAAACGUCCAGUCUGUGCCAGCCACAGUGGCCCCCCAUUCCCCUCAUAUCACGACUGCCUCACAGACUGCCUCCAUCCCCAAUGCUACCAUCGCUCACGCAACCACCAGGACCACCCGGCACCCCAUUGCCGUGCAACCAAUUAAAGCCAUAACACACAAGAAGCCUCCAGGUCAGCCAAGUGUCACUGAAGCCAAAGCAGCAGCCGUCACCUCCCUUCGAUUAACUACAUCCAGUGCAGAGACAACGGCUCCACCACGACCAGUGUGUGGUAAGACCAAAGCAGACAUAGUAUUCUUAGUGGAUGAGUCCUCCAGCAUUGGCGCUAAUAACUUUAUCAAGAUGAAAGACUUCAUGUUCCGGGUGGCCACUUACUUCCCUGUCAUUGGUCCUCAGGGCACACAGAUAGCUGUGGUUCAUUACAGUGAUGAGCCUCGAAUUGAAUUCCGUCUGAGUGACUUCAAAGACAGAAACUCUGUGCUAAGGGCGCUCCGAGCGCUACGUUAUGGAGGGGGCAACACCAAAACAGCAAAAGGCAUCAGCUAUGUUCUGCAGGAACUGUUCCAGGAGUCUCUGGGGAUGAGGCAGGAAGUGGCCCAUGUUCUGGUUCUGAUUACAGAUGGCAGGGCCCAAGAUAAUGUGUUGCCACCCUCCAGAAUUGCACGUGCUCUAGGCGUCAGCGUCCUGGCAGUUGGAGUUUCUAAUGCGGACACAGAUGAGUUGAAUAAAAUAGCAGCUCCCACCAGCUACAAGAAUAUCUUCUACUCACCGACCUUCGACGACUUUCCUUCCAUAGAGAGAGAGUUUAUCAAUAGCAUCUGUAGUGAGGAACUCCGCUCCGAGUUCAAACAACAUGAUGAGCUUGCUCAGUUGGACACGCCGACUGAAGACCCAGAGGAGCUUCUUAAGCCGCAGGGUCCGUGUUCCUCCCAGUGUGUGAAGGGCCAGAAAGGGGAAAAGGGGGAUGGUUUUGGUCUUGGAGGUCUGAGAUUUAGGCAAAGCCAUGGAGAGUACAAUCCUUUCACUUCUACCAAAGGAGAGAAAGGAGAGAGGGGACCUCCGGGAACAGAUGGUGUUCCUGGGUUGCCUGGGCGACCUGGGAGAACUGGACCCCCCGGUUCUGCCGGCCAGCGGGGCUCUCAAGGCAUCCCAGGUGACAUGGGUCCUCCUGGACUCCCGGGUCCAAAGGGACAAAGAGGAGAGAGAGGAGAGCCUGGAUAUGUUAUACCCGGCAUGGACGCAAAUUUCGUCCCGGGGCGAAAAGGAGAGCCAGGAUCUUCAGGUCCCCAGGGACCUCCUGGUGUACCAGGGGUCAAUGGUGCUCCAGGCCUGCCUGGCCAGUCAGGACCUCCAGGGUUACCAGGAAUAUCUGUCAAGGGAGAUCCUGGAGAGCCAGGAGCAAAAGGUUUACGUGGGAAGCAGGGCAUGAAAGGAGACAAAGGAGAGCCAGGAAAAGAUGGUAUCGCAGGUUUGCCUGGUCCCAUUGGCAUAGAUGGGGUGCCAGGAGUACCAGGCCAAAAAGGACAAAAGGGUGAAGAAGGAAUUGGCAUACAAGGUAUUCAUGGUCCUCCUGGAGAGCCAGGAGAGAAGGGAAAUAUUGGCUUAACAGGACCAGUCGGCCCAAAGGGUGAUCGCGGAGAACAAGGCAUCCAAGGAAUCAUCGGACCUCGGGGAAAGAAGGGAUUCAAAGGGGAGCAAGGGGACAAGGGAGAACGAGGAGAGAUGGGACCAAUAGGACCACAAGGAACCACAGGACUCACAGGGCCGAUUGGGUUAAAAGGAGACGAGGGUCCGAGAGGGGCCCCUGGAGAUCCUGCCAAGGGUAUACUUGGUCCAACUGGAAAAAAGGGUGCCAGGGGAGACAUUGGUCCAGUCGGCCCCACGGGCCCCCAGGGAAUAAAAGGUGAACGAGGAGACAAGGGAGAAAAGGGUAGUCCUGGUUUUGGGAUUCCAGGACAACAGGGACCAAAGGGAGAGAAUGGCGAGAGGGGAAAUGUUGGUUUGUCUGGAAAACCAGGACCAAAGGGGCAUGAUGGCUCUAAAGGUGACAAAGGAAAUAUUGGGUUACCUGGUAAUCCAGGAGAACCAGGAUUAAGAGGUAAAGAUGGUUCACCUGGUACUAAAGGAGACCAAGGAUUUAAGGGUGAACAAGGACCACCGGGAGAGCCUGGUGACAGAGGAAUCAGGGGUCCGCUGGGGUUACCAGGACGACCAGGGGAACCAGGAGAGAGAGGAGAUACAGGGAAACCUGGGCUGCCAGGUACUGAUGGAAAGAAAGGCGACAAAGGAGAGCCGGGAAAACCUGGACCUCCGGGACCACAAAUUGUUGCAGACAACAAUGUACUGACCAGAGUGAUUAAGGGUGAACCAGGAGAACCUGGUCAGCCUGGUUUGACAGGAGAAACAGGUCUGCCUGGACCAAGAGGUCUGGAAGGUAAACCAGGAUUACCAGGACUAUCUCUGGGUGGUUCUGGAAGAGAUGGACUUGAUGGUUUACCAGGGAAACCAGGAGUGAAGGGUGAACUGGGACAAAAGGGUGAACCUGGUCCGAAGGGAGAAAAAGGAGACCAAGGCCGGGUUGGAAUUGCGGGAAUGCCUGGCUUACCGGGAACGCCAGGGAGAGCUGGCAUCGAUGGGAAGAGGGGCCUGUCAGGAAAAGAUGGAGAAAGGGGGCCAAAAGGAGAUGAUGGCAAAAAGGGGGACAAGGGAGAAGCAGGUGAAAAUGGUAAAGAUGGUAGUAAGGGGGAACCAGGACCCCCAGGUUUGCCUGGUAGGCAAGUGCUUGUCACUCCAGAGGGCGCCACCAUUGACGACAUCCGACAAGCAUUUCCAAUCCCCAUGGGUCCUCCAGGAGCUACUGGUUCACCAGGAAUGAAGGGUGAUAAAGGAGAAAGAGGCCUGAAAGGAGCGAAGGGUGAUGCCGGAGCUCCUGGAAAAUCUAUUGACAUGAAGGCCAUUGAAAUAAUGUUUGAAGCCUACGGCAUAAGGCUGCCUUUGCUGAAGGGUUUGAUUGAAAGGCUGCUGCAGGAUGGAAUAGAGGAUCUGCUUCAUGUGCUCGGCACCGCCAAGAAAACAAAAGAAAACACAGAAACCCACACCUCCAAUGUCAUCACUGAGUACACGGGUUCAGUGAGAUUUGACCUCACCAGCCAGCCACUGUCGGAGCUGGACACCACUGAAGACCCAGAACCAUUGUCAGCUGAGCUUUUAAAUAAAACUGCAGAGAGCCAUACUUUAUGGACCAUCACCAGACUGAACGGAGGGCGGGACCUAGUCAGGAAUGAGACGAAGUGGAAAGGAUCCACGGGGAAGAAGAUAUUAGAUGGGGACAGUGAUAAAGUGUCUUCGCUCAAAAUUAACUUAAACUUAUUAAACUCUGGAUUUCAGACGGUUUCAGGGUUACCCGAAACUGUGGUGGAGGCAGUUCUCCUCACUCAGGAGGACUCUCCGAAGAAGAAUUCAGGACAAAAGAAGAAGAACAGGGAACGUGGGAAGGUAAAUGAAGAUUACCCGAAAGAAGAUGAAGAAGAAGAAGAAGGAGAAGAAGAGGAGUUUCAUAACGGUGAAGAAUACAGUUAUGAAUACGAGGAAGAUCUUUCCCCAGAUGACCCCUCAGUCUUGCAGGAGAGCAGAGACAACAGACAGCUUGAAGUCCAAACACGUGAAAUCCCCCAUCCAGUGGAUAAAAAGGGGGAACAAUUACCCACACGCGGUCCUGUGCAGUUAGAAACAUCGGCAUACACCUCCAGUCAUCCUCUGACAUCUGUCUCAGACAGAGAAACGGAUGAGCAGGGUGUCUUGACAACCACAGAGCCACUCUCUCAACCCAUGGAGGGGAUCGAAAAGGGUGAAGUGUCCCUCCCUUCGGCUCCCAUCACAGAGGAAGAACCGGACAAGGUGCCGCGAUCUCAAAUCAGGGUGAGAAGAGGCACCCCCUGGCCUGAUUCCAUGGUGUUUAUGCCAGGCGCCCCAGGUGGAAGAAAUCGGUUCAAGGUGGCACAAAAACAUCUGUCCUCUGGAGCUCAAGGUUACAACUGCUUCCAUGAGAAGCAAGAAACCCCUGAUAUUCAAACACAGACCAGGAGGGAGAGGCAAGAAAGAAAAAAGAGACAGAGAUACAGUGAGAGAGAAAGAGAGAUUCAUACAGAAACACAGGGUGGAGGGGAUGAACAGACUAAAGUUGAAGAAGUUGAGGAGUGGGAAAUAGGAAAAGAGAAAGGAGUAGAGCCAGAGGGAUAUACAGAACCAGUCCCUGAUCCGGUUUCUGAUGAUGAGGAGAGGAGUGGAGACUUCGAAUGGGAUACCGAGGAGGAGGUAGAUCAAGAGAGGGAAGGGGAGGAGGGGGAGAUGGAGAGGGAGGCCGAGCUGGAGCUGGAGAGAGAAAAAAUGGAGAGGGAGAGGACAGAGCAGGAGGGGGAGAGAGACUUGGAGAGGGAGAGGGAGGAAUGGGAGAGGAGGAGGACAGAGAUGGAGAGGGGGAGAAAGGGGGGUUAUGAUGAAGACACUGGACAGCCAUACCCGUACCCUCCAGAGUAUUUUUUCCUAAAGGGACAACCAGGGGAGACUGGAAAACCAGGGCGAAAGGGUGAGUUUGGUGAAAAAGGACAAAAGGGAGAGCCAGGAACCGGCCACAGAGGGCCAGAAGGCCAGGCUGGUCCUCCUGGACAGAAGGGUGAACCGGGUGAGCCAGGACCUCCUGGUGCUCAGGGAAUCCAGGGUAUCCGUGGUAACGCAGGCGUCCAAGGCUCCCCAGGUCUUAGGGGUCCCCCAGGGGACGCAGGGGAACCGGGCAGAGAGGGUGAGCGAGGUAAAAGGGGGAAGAACGGAUCACCUGGAGCUCCUGGACCUCGAGGAGCACCAGGAUCUCACGGUCAUCCUGGUGUACCUGGAGUAAAAGGAGAAAAGGGUGACAGUAUUCCAGGAGAGCCUGGUGCCAGGGGUUUGUUUGGCUUCCAGGGCAGAAGGGGUGAAAAAGGCACUCCAGGUGUUAAAGGAACUUCUGGGCAUAUAGGUCCAAAAGGCUUGCGUGGUAGCAAAGGUGAAAAGGGAGACCGUGGGUUACCUGGAGUCAGAGGAGAAAGGGGGAGUGUGCUUCAAAUCCAAGGACCCCGUGGCCUUAAGGGUUCCAAAGGAGAUGCGGGUGAGCGAGGCCCGCCAGGUUUUGAUGGCGACAAAGGAGAAAAGGGCGAGGAUGGUCCUCCUGGAGUCAAGGGCCUAAAGGGUGAUGCGGGCACCAAGGGUGCGUUGGGACGGUUUGGAGCACGAGGACCUGUAGGCCAGAAGGGAGAUCCAGGAGAGCCAGGACUCAAUGGAGUGAGGGGUCGCAGUGGGGAUCAUGGAAUGGAUGGGGCCAAAGGGGACAGAGGAGACAUAGGACUACAAGGCCAAAAGGGCAAUCAGGGUGAUCCAGGAGAACCAGGCUUACCAGGAGACAAAGGGGAGAAAGGAGAAAAGGGUUUCAGAGGUUUACCUGGACGCAUUGGGAGUCCAGGCCUGGAUGGAGAAAAGGGAGAUAUGGGGCAAACCGGCACCCCUGGUAUACCUGGACUGAAUGGACUCACAGGGCGCAAGGGUGACAGGGGAGAAGGCGGGAUCAAUGGUGUUGACGGUGAACCAGGAGUGAAAGGGGAAAAGGGGGCAGCAGGUUUCCCAGGUUUCCCAGGCUUUAAGGGGUCAGCAGGGAGCCCAGGAAGGCAUGGAGAUGAGGGGCCACCAGGACCAUCAGGUCCCCGUGGGGACACUGGCCUUAAGGGGAAGAGGGGCAGUAGAGGCAGAUCGAGGCCAUGUCAGAGGGGUGCACCAGGGACACCAGGACAAAGAGGAGAGAGUGGUAUAGUGGGGAAUGAAGGAGCAAAGGGGGAGAAGGGAGAGCCGGGACUCUCAGCUGAAGAGGUGAAGGAGCUAGUCACCCAGGGGGUAACAGAAAAGUGUGGGUUGGAAUACAAGUUCAUGGUAAGGUCCGUGGACCCAGACGGAACAACCACGGAGACUGGCAAGAAAAACAAGCCAGGAGAUGUAGAGAUAUCCCUCUCUCGUGACUUCCAUGGAGGGGAAGGAGACGUAGGUGGACAACAGGAGGAGGAAGAAUAUGGAGACAGGGUUGAAGAAAUGACCAGUCCUGCCCCCGUGGUCCUCGGAGAAGAAAGGAUGCUACCAAACCGCACUGAUUCCCCCGAGGCAGGGUCUGUGGAGUGGGGACAGAGAAAGAAAAGAAGGGUAUUUGGAACAAGCACUGCUGCAACAGAGCACUGCCUGGAGCCCAUGUCCGAAGGGGCCUGUUCAGACUAUGUUCUGCUCUGGUACUUCCACCCUCGCUCAGGGGAGUGCCGACCGUUCGUGUACGGGGGCUGCGGUGGCAACCGGAACCGCUUCUCCUCGAGACAAGAGUGCCAGAGUUGUUGUGGCAUGGAGGGGACAGGGGGUGUUAUGGGUCAGGCUGGGAGCCAGAUGAGGGGCCAACAGGGGCCCAGUGAGGGCGAUCACGCAGGGACUGAUUUAGAGGACUCGCCAUCGGACCAACGCAGCAGUGGCAGGGGAUUCCUGCGUGGGUGUGGAUGUGGGGGCAGCACGCAUUGA